AUGGCGAAAUUAAUGAACCAGUUUUCAAGAACAGCAUGUUCACUAAUGAUGAAAGCUAUAAAAUUAGCAUUCGCGCGUGGGUUUGCAUUUAGAACGCGACAACUGGUUGCAAAUGGCGCCUUAGCUGUAUCUUUUUAGACCUAUUUCUUUCAGUUCUUAAGCCUUGUAGUGAUUGGAACUCUGAUACAUUAGAUGCUAUUGUUGAAAGUGCUAUGCUAAAUGACAGCACUGAAUAUUGGAUAAGUUCCUCAGAAUUACCACGAAAUACUAACAGACACGGUGCCAAUUAACUGCUGUCGAUUUUGUUUCCAAUGAAAGGGUAACACUUGUCUGUAGUUUGUCUUAACAUAACAUAAAAUAACAUUAUUUCUUGAUGCAGGUUAAAAGUCAGGCAGCCAUAGCUUAUGUGGACCUGUUAUAAUACCAAAUUAUAAAAACUUUGCAAUAUUUGAAUAAAUAAUACUAAGUUAAUUAAAAUAUGUAGAUAUAAGUUUACAUUAAAUUCAAGAAUAGAAAUAACUAUAUAAGUGUGUAGUAUAUUGGAUGUGAUUCAGAUGAAAAUAAUUAUCAAUUCAUACAGAAGUUAGUGUACUGAGAAUUAAACCAGUCUCAGAAUGGGAUGUUUUCAGAUUGAUCACUAAGCUGUUUCCAUUAGCUAGGUGCAAACUGAACACAUACCAUAUCUAUGGUUAAAUUAAGAUCUAAUCUAGGGAUCUCUGAAGAUGAAGAUUAAGGAAAUAAAGCAGAAAGCAAUAUAUACAAAUAUAUGUAAAAGAAUAGCAAAUAAUCUAGUCUCAAUCAAUAAAGUUUUAGAUAUAUAAAGGAAUAAGAAAUUCAUCAGUAUCAGACAUUGUGCCUUUAGUUGAUAUUGUUAAAUUUCUCAAUACUUUAAAUAGUCUUAUCACAAAAAAAAAUACUAGAUAAACAAGUAUUAAAAUAUAUACUAAAAUAUUAGGAAGUAUGCCUAAUCAAUAUUUCAUAAUAAUGUAAACAUUUAUCGUUAUUCAAAAUAGAUGAGCUUUCUUUCUCAAAGGUAAAGUUAUUGAUGUCUUUUUAAAUAUAUUUUAGAUGGCUUUUAAGUGUGUUGAUGUUCUCAUAAUUAAUCUUCCUAUAAAUAAGCUCUUGAGAGGUUUAUCCUGCAGAAGGCAAGUUUAAACGCUGGAUUUUUGCUUUAUUUUCCUAAUCUCUGUUUAGGUCGUCUUUGUCACAAUAGCAGACAAACAAAAUACUUCUUAUAAUGAAGAGCAAGUACUGAUGAUGCAAAAUCCCUUUUUCAAACAGUUUGUGAAAUUAUAA